AUGAAAAUUUAGAAAAUCUUUUACAAUUCUUAUGUUGAACUAAAAUAUGUAGAGGAAUAUGAACUAUAAGAUCAGAAAGACUAUCAUAUAUCAAGUAUAUUAUAUUUACAAUUUUUAGCAUAUCUUAAAGUUUUAGAGUUUAAUUGGAUUAUCAGAUCAAAAAAGUUGCUGAAAAAUUAGUAUCAAAAAGUUGGAGCUCUUACAAUUUGCAUCUAUCCAAUAGUCAGAUCGAAGUUUAGAUGA